AUUUUUCCAAAUGAUUCUAGGUUGCUAUUUUGCUUCUUACUGAGAUCACUCCAAAAAGUAUAGCUGUUCACAAUCCAGUGGAGGUUGCUAGAUUUGUGUGAAAAUUUUAUGUUACUGAAGAUGAAUUGAAGCUGAUGUUAGAUGGGGCAGAGUUUAGUGGAGCAAUAGAGGAGGAAGAGCAGGGGCUUAAUCUUUCCCAUAACAACUUUGGUGGUUAUAUGUCACCAUUACUAGAGAUUCCACAAGGCAAUAAAUUCCACACCUUUGAAAAUACUUCUUACAAAGGAAACCUUGGAUUGGUUGGAUUCCAAUUAUCAAAAUCUUGUAUUGAAAAUGGGACACUGGAACAACUUGUGGACUCCUUCCAAGAAAAAGAUGACUUGUGGGGAUCUGGCUGGAGGGCUGUGACUUAAUAUUUGGACUAAUUAUAUAUGUUAUUUAAACCGAAAUGGUGUUUGUCUUUCUUUGAUGGCCAUCCAAAUCACAAG